AUGUCCGAACCCCCAUCCCCAUCCCAAGAGCCCCAAUCACACCCAACCCCAGAACAACAACAACAACAAAAGCCACACCAAACCAAAUGGCUCCUCCUCGCCCUCUCCAGCGGCGCCUUCGCAGCCCUCAAUGGCCUCUUCGCAAAGCUAACAACCGACACUGCCACCACCACCUUCGCUGCACACCUCAUCCACCUCUUCACCUCCGCCAACAACAUCUCCGACGCAGACCUUAUAUCCUCCCACCCCAUCCUCAUGCUCCUAAUUCGCGGCCUCUGUUUCGGUCUCAACAUCCUCAGCAACAUCAUCAUGUGGGCGUUGUUCACGCGCGCCCUGACGGCGGGGUCCUCCACCACGAAGGUGUCGAUUACCAAUACCGCGGCUAAUUUUCUGGUUACGGCUAUGCUAGGCAUGGGGGUUUUUGGGGAGAGGGUCGGCGGGUGGUGGUGGGCUGGGGCCGCGAUGAUGGGAGUAGGUUGUGUUAUUGUUGGGAGGAGGGAUUAG